AUGAGCCGUGAAACAUGUGACAUAUUGUGCAAUGAGCUGAAAAAUCUAGAAAUGCACGAUACCAACUUUAGAAAGUGCAUACCUUUGAAAAAAAGAAUAGCCAUUGCAAUAUAUACGCUUGGGUCGUCUGCUGAAUACAGGACAGUUGCAGCUAUCUUUGGCGUUGGCACAUCCACAGUAGGCAUGAUCUUAAAAGAGUUUUGUAGAGAAGUUUGGCUUGUUCUAAAACCAAAAUACCUUUGUGCCUAUCCACUCACAGAACAAACUAUAAAAGAAAAUGUGAGUGGUUUUGAAAAACUUGGUUUCCCUCAGUGUUUUGGAGCUAUUGAUGGGUGCCAUAUUGAGAUCCAAGCCCCAGCUCUGGAUUCUGUAGAUUACUAUAAUUAUAAGGGAUGGCAUUCAACUGUAUUGCUAGCUGUGGUUGAUUAUCGGUAA